AUGGAUAAUAGGCUAUGCGAUGAACUCUUGCAAGAAAUCUUCUUAAAACUUCCAUCUUCCUCCUCCUCCUCCUCUUCAAUCUCCCUUGUUUCAAAGCGAUGGCUUCAUCUGUACCGUUCAUCCAAACCCACCCUUUCCCUUCGUUUCAACAACCCUCAUCAUCACUUGUUCUCCUUCAUCUCUCUCCUCAAUCAACACCCUUCUCUCUCUUCUCUCUCUCUCUUCCUUCUUACAACAUCAUCAACAACAACAUCGCUUUUUCUCUCUGCUAUUUCCUCUUGUUCUUCCUCCUCCAGACUUGUCUCUCUCACUUUCCUACCUACUCUUGUUCCUCUCUCUUCCAUCGUUUCUCUCUCAAACUCUUGUACCCGAUUGAUGUCCCUUUCUAUUACUCUUUCAAGACCUGUUUUUCUCAAUUGGGUUUUGUUCUUUCCUUGCUUAAAACAUCUCUCAAUUGUUUUAUCUGAUGAUGGCUGUUGUUCUGAGGUUUUUGAAAGUAAAGAUUAUGAUAAGGAACUCAGUUUGGAAACUGUUUGUUUUGAGGGUAUCCGUAGAGAUGAUCUGGGAAUUGCCUGGCUAUGGAAGAGAUGCAAAAGCCUUAAGAAUUUGAAGCUUCUAAGUUGCCAAGGAAUUGGUAGUUCUUACUCAUCUUUUGUUCACUGUUUGCAGGGUAUUCAACAAAUUGAGCUUAAAACUUGUAGGACUGUGGUUGAUGGACUUCUCUUGGAAAUCGCACAACAUUGCAGCUCAUUGGAAUCACUUUCGCUUCAUGAUGGUGCUAGCAGACAGGCUUUGCUACAUUUCUUUUCUAGUUGCACCUCUAAUUAUUUGCGUAAACUUGAUUUUCGUUUGCCUAUGGACCUUCAAAACAAUCAUCUUUUCGUUAUGGCUAUCAACUUCAGAGGCCUUUCGUGUCUUAGGCUUCAAAGUUGUUGUCUUGUAACUGGUGAAGGGAUUAAGGCUCUUGCUAUGGCAGUGAGUAAUGGUCUUGAAGAAUUGGCACUCAUAAAUUGUCAUGUGGUUGAAAGGGAGAAAGGCUUGCUUGCAACUUUGGGUCAACAUUUGAGACAAUUGAGGAAACUAGAUUUGUCUCAUAAUGAAAUGUUGUUUGAUAAGGAAUUCAUUUCGAUGUUGGUUUCUUGCAUUCAUUUGGUUGAUUUGAAGGUGAGAGGCUGUAAACGACUCACCAAUGUGGCUAUACUUUCUAUGCUUAGGAGCUGCAAGAGACUUCAAAAUGUUGACAUUAUGCACUGUUUGGGGAUACAAACUGAUGCUAUUGAACUAUUGGUCAGGAAUGCUUCAAGUUUGACAAGAUUGGAGGUUGAGGGAAGUAAGCUCUCUGAUGCUGCAAAAAUCUGGGCGUCUGAUAAAUUUAUUGAAAUUGUUUAA